AAAUAAAAAAUCUUAAAAAUUUGAAGUCGCCCAAAAUCAAAAUCACGUGUCCAAAUUCAGAACCAUUGGCCCUUGGAUAAACUUUCUUCAAGCUUCAGCUCUUUGUUCUUGCUCUCUCUCCUUCCUGCGCUCAGAUAUUUGAUAAGGGAAUUUAUCAAGUUUUCGCAUCGAAUGAUUGAAUUAUACAGUUGUGUUGGGUUUUGAUUUUUGAAUCAAGUAUAAAUGGGUGGAAAUGGUUGUUGUUAGGAAUUAGAAGAACUAGCAUAGUGAGCUCAUGAACAAUAUAAGAUGCCUGUUGUUAUGAAACCUUUCACCCCGUUUAGUCUUUCGUCUUCCUACAACCUUACCGUUCCUUGCGAGGCGUUCCUAGGUCCGGCUCGCUCUUUAUCCUGCAAGUUUCAGCUAUGUAAGAACCCUAAUAGAGUUUUAUUGGGGAAGCUUCUCUUCCCACAAGGUUUGGGACUUACUUGGAAUCACUCUAUUUGGAAAGCAGCCCAGGUUGCCUAUUGCUAUGCUGAGGGUAUCUCAGAAGAUUUGUCAGAUAACCAGCUUUCUGAAAAGUCUCAAAAUGGAAAUUUUCAUGAUACUGAAGAGCUAGGGUUGCUAAACAAGCCCUCACCGAUACCGGUUAACGGUGCCUCUGAUAGUAAGUUUGGGAGUGAAGCCAAGAAAUCAGAUAAAGAUGAGGCAUUGGAGCCUUUUCUAAAGUUCUUUAAGACAAGAGAUACGGAGGAAGAAAUAGUAGAACAAGAUGAAGGGGGACGUGAGAAAGAAACUGAAAAGGUUCUUAUUGAGUAUUAUGAGCCAAAGGCUGGUGAUUUUGUUGUUGGUGUAGUUGUUUCUGGUAAUGAAAAUAAGCUAGAUGUCAAUAUAGGGGCAGAUAUGUUGGGCACAAUGUUAACCAAGGAGGUGCUUCCAUUGUAUGACAAAGAGAUGGAUUAUUUGUUAUGUGAUUUAGAUAAAAAUGCUGAGGGAUUUAUGGCCAAUGGGAAGAUGGGGAUUUUAAAAAAUGAAGACGCAAUAAGUGGACAACCUGUUUCUGGCCGGCCUGUCGUGGAUGCUGGAACUGUUUUAUUUGCUGAGGUUCUUGGUAGAACACUUAGUGGCAGGCCAUUACUUUCAACUCGACGUUUUUUCAGACGAAUUUCUUGGCAUCGUGUGAGGCAGAUAAAACAACUAGGCGAACCUAUUCAGGUUAGGAUUACAGAGUGGAAUACAGGUGGUCUGCUUACAAGAGUUGAGGGUUUGCGAGCCUUCCUCCCUAAGGUUGAGUUGGUUGAUAGAGUAAACAGUUUUACUGAAUUAAAAGAGAAGGUAGGGCAAUGGAUACAUGUGCAAAUCAGUCGAAUAAAUGAAGAUAAUAAUGACUUGGUACUCAGUGAGCGAGAAGCUUGGGAAAAGUUGUACCUACGAGAGGGAACCCUUCUGGAUGGAACUGUUAGGAAGAUCUUCCCUUAUGGAGCCCAAGUGAAGAUAGGACAAACAAACCGAAGUGGACUGUUGCAUGCAUCCAGCAUCACUCGUGGUAAAUUUGAUUCAGUUAGUGAUUUAUUAGCAGUGGGGGAGAAAGUCAAGGUCCUAGUUAUAAGAUCUUUGUUUCCAGACAAAAUUGCUCUCAGUAUCGCGGAUCUGGAAAGCAAGCCUGGGCUCUUGAUAUCAGACAAAGAGAAAGUAUUUGCAGAGGCUGAAGAAAUGGCAAGGAAAUAUAGACGUAAGCUUCCUAGUAUAUCCACAACACGUAAAACUGAGCCUCCAAAUAGCAAUCUGUUGUUUGAAGAUGAAGCAAAUCUCUAUGCAAAUUGGAAGUGGUUCAAAUUUCUAAGUGAUAAUGAUCAAGAUUCUCCAUGAGCUUACUUGUCAAUUUUUGUCACAUUCACGAGGAUGACUUUUUCUGAGAUGAUGACUAUUUCGACUGCAUAAGUUUGCUCCAAAAAAAAUCGAAUCUGAAAGAAAAGAAAACUGCAUCCCAGUCAAUCACAUGGCGUGACUUCCUCAUUGUUGUAAAAUUAUGGCUGUAAGAUUGUGUCCUGUUGGUAUGAAGCUCAGCAAUUUUCAAUAUAUCCGAGAUGAGCGUGCACAUUGUAGGGAAAUAUAAACAUGAUGUGCUGUGAAUCAAAUUUUGACAAUGUAAUCUGAUGGAAAUUUUUUGAUUUUAUCAAGAUAUUCGUAAGAUGUAACAUAUUCACAUUCCUAGCAGCUUCUGUUUCAUGUCGCUAGCAUGUAGUUGGGCUGUUUUGAGCUUACAAUGGAAACCUAGAUAGUGAGCUACUGAGCUAUAAGAUGUACCAAGUGCAAUGAUAAAAUCAUGAAAAUACAGUAAACAAAAAUGUUGGCAUU